AUGGACGAUAAUCAAGAGAUGCCAGUAGUCGAGGAUAGACCGGUCUCUCCCACCGCUCCAAGAUCACCAGGAACGCCAGUGCCUUCGAAUCGACCGGGCUCCAAGGGAACAAUGACCGAGUCUUCGACCCCUCUCGGCCAACUUAAUGCUGCUCGACGAGGUGGAGUACCGCCACCACGCCCGAUGGCCUCCUUGGGUGGACAGUCGGGAGGGUUGAAUCAGGAUAUUAUGGCUCGCAUGAAAGCAUUCUCUUUAUCGAGACAAGGGGCUCCUCCUGGUCUCGUGCACGCUGCUUCAACAGGCGGUAUACCUUCAACGCCAGGAACACCCGCUUCUGCGGGCAUUAAAAGCCCAGCGAAUGGCUCCCCGCAUGCUGUGCCGCCCGGUACUAUCAAUGGAGGGCUGGCAGGGCGGUCACCCCAUGGGGGACGACCACAAGCGCCAAACUGGUCAUCUUCCCCCAGUAUUCCGUCAACAAGCCCGAAGCCAGGUGGAUUGGCUGCCAAACGAAUGAAGCCUGGCUUGAAGCUCUCCGAUGCCACUGGCCCGCCGCCCACUGGACUCUCUCCUCCUGGAGGAAACAAAGCCGUUCAGGACGGUGAUGCGCCGACUGACUCUGUCUUUAGCAAAUACUCAGAGUUCCUCGAUACCAAGGCCGGCACACUCAAGUUCAAGAACAAGGCUAUUAUUCAUGGAAACGGCAUAGAAUUUUCAUCUGGACAGACCUUCAAUAUAUCUUUGGACGAAGUGGAUCGGCUGGAUGAGCUUGGAAAAGGCAACUACGGCACAGUGUACAAAGUGCGACAUAGCCGGCCUCAUCUACGCAAACCAGGACUCGGUCUGUCUGGUAUUGUGAGUCGACCAGAAGAUCCCAUAUCGCCCGAUUCGAAACCUCAGGAUAAUCUCACAGGAGCUGUCAUGGCUAUGAAGGAAAUACGACUGGAGUUGGAUGAGAAGAAAUUAACGCAAAUCAUAAUGGAGCUGGAUAUUCUCCAUAGAUGCAUAUCGCCUUUUAUCAUUGACUUCUAUGGUGCCUUCUUCCAGGAAGGCGCAGUCUAUAUGUGUGUAGAGUAUAUGGAUGGAGGAUCGGUGGAUCAAUUAUACGAAGGCGGCAUUCCCGAAGACGUUUUGCGAAAAGUGGCACUAUCUACUAUAAUGGGUUUGAAGAGUUUGAAGGAUGAUCACAACAUCAUCCAUCGUGAUGUGAAACCAACCAAUAUACUGGCCAACAGUAGGGGACAGAUUAAAAUCUGCGAUUUUGGUGUGAGCGGAAAUCUCGUCGCGAGUAUUGCCAAGACCAACAUCGGAUGCCAAAGCUACAUGGCACCGGAGCGCAUAGCUGGUGGAGGCAUGCAGUCUUCCGGAGCUACUGGUGGGACAUACAGCGUGCAAAGCGACGUUUGGAGCCUGGGACUGUCGGUGAUUGAGUGUGCAAAGGGAAGAUAUCCAUAUCCGCCCGAGACAUACACCAACAUUUUCAGUCAAUUACAUGAGAUUGUGCACGGUGAACCACCAACCAUGCCUGACGACUUUUCAGACAAUGCCCACGCAUUUGUUCGUGCUUGUUUAGACAAGAACCCUAACAAUCGUCCCAGCUAUGCGCAACUACUUCGACAUCCUUGGCUCUCCCCAUUAAUGGAGCCGCCCACGGUCAACGAGGACACGCAAAGCCUAUCAUACGACCAGUCCGCGCAACCGUCGCCCCAGCCUUCGCCCAAUGAAACCGCAGACAGCGAGGUGGCUGCCUGGGUUUCUGGUGCAUUAGAACGUCUCCAGCAUGCCACCAAGGGGUCUCAUCAAAAACCAGCGUUGCAUGCGGUAGCACUGGAUGCUGUUGGUGGGAGUCCACUUCUCGAGAAUGGGCCAACGACAAUCCCCCCAACGGUGUGA